GCUCACAGGAACCCUCCAAAAAAAAGAUGGCGGCGGGCUCGGAUCUGCUGGAUGAGGUUUUCCUGAACACGGAGGUGGAUGAGAAGGUGGUGAGCGACCUGGUGGGCUCCCUGGAGUCCCAGCUGGCGGCCUCCGGCCACCACCACCAGCACCACAAGGCGCAGGAGCCCCUGAGGGCCGCUGGGGGGCUGCUGGGGAACCAUGUUGUGAGCAGCAGCAGUAGCAGCAGCAGCCCUAGCCCUAGCCCUGGAGGAGUAGUAGUAGGAGGCAAUGCUAAUGCCCAAACAGAGAGCAGCAGCAGCAGCAAGAUGGGACUGAGUGCCCCAGAGAUCACAAAAGCAGGGGCAGGAGGAGUGCAAGGGGGUGUUAUUAAUCAUAACACCAGGUCCCAGACAUCAGCUCUGGAUGGAGCCACCACAACGAGCACCAGCACCACCACUGCAGCAGCAGGAGGAUCUGAAGUCACUGCUGCUCCAGGGACCCUCAGUCAGGGCAAAUCGGUGGUUAUCAGCACCAUGGCAACUGCCUUGUCCACCAGGAAUGGCAAGAUUGGGACCACAACAGUGCAAACUUUGAAUGGGAGUAAUGUGGUGAUGAACUCUCACCAUACAGGAAGUGCUGCUUUCUCUGGGACUCCUGUGACUGCUAACCCUGCUUCUGCACCUGCUGUGGCCCCUCUCGUUAACAAUGGACCUGGAUCUGUGGGGAAAGGAAAUACUGUUAAUGCUGUUUUGCCAUCAGCUUCCAACACUGUCAUCCAGACUUCUUUUCUUAAUACUGCUGUGUCCUCUGCAUCUUCUUCCUCACCCACAGUUAUUUCCUCGCAGCCACCACCAAGCAUUGGAACUGGGGCACCUACAGUAACGCUUGUGAGACCACCAAUUCACACAGCAGGACCCACGGUAGCUGCAGCUGGUGCAGCCACUCAAAAUGGGAGCAAUACUGUGAUCAAUUCAACCAUCAGUGUGGGGAGUUUUCCUGCUGUUGCUACAGCCACUGUGGGAUCUGGAGUUUCCCUCCAGACAUCACUUGUGAACAGCCAGUCUGGUUCCACUGUGCCAGCAGCUCCCACCACACAGGUCAUCAAGUCUGAGUCUCCUAAAACUAUAGUCCAGGCAGUAUCACAGCAGCAGACGCUGGCUACUGGUGGCCAGCCCAGUACUACAGGGGGUAACAUGAUUAUUGGGCAAACUAUGCAAGCUGGGCUCUCCAAUGUUGCUCCCAAUCCUGGUGGGAUACCUCCUGCAGCUCCAGGCACCCCCACAGGAAUGGCUAAAGGCGCUGCCAAUACGGUGGCACAAACUCUGCCACGGACUCCAACAGCAACUACAAGUGGAAUCAGAGCAACUUUAACUCCUACAGUUUUAGCACCUCGUUUGCCUCAGCCACCUCAGAACCCAACUAAUAUUCAGAAUUUUCAGUUGCCACCAGGCAUGGUCCUGGUACGCAGUGAGAAUGGGCAGUUGCUGAUGAUCCCUCAGCAAGCCCUGGCGCAGAUGCAGGCACAGGCACAUGCCCAGUCUCAGCCUCAAAAUACAAUGACUCCUCGUCCAGCUACACCUACCAGUGCUCCUCCAGUGCAGAUCUCGACAGUGCAGGCUCCAGGAACACCUAUUAUUGCACGACAGGUGACACCAACUACUAUUAUCAAGCAAGUGUCUCAGGCUCAAACAACAGUGCAACCCACAACAACGCUACAGCGUCCUCCUGUUGUGCAACCUCAGAUUGUUCUGGGUGGAACUGCACAAACAACCACGUUGGGGACAGCAACAGCUGUACAGACUGGAACUCCUCAGAGAACAGUGCAAGGAACAACGGCAACCUCCACUAUUGCCACAGAAACUAUGGAAAAUGUGAAGAAAUGCAAAAACUUUCUGUCCACGUUAAUAAAACUGGCAUCAUCUGGUAAACAGUCUUCAGAAACUGCAGCUAAUGUGAAAGAAUUGGUACAGAACCUGCUGGAUGGAAAAAUUGAAGCAGAAGACUUUACCAGCAGGCUGUACAGAGAACUUAAUUCUUCACCUCAACCUUACCUUGUGCCUUUCCUGAAGAGGAGUUUACCUGCCUUGAGACAGUUAACACCAGACUCAGCAGCUUUCAUUCAACAAAGUCAACAGCAGCAGCCAACGACGCAAGCAACGAUAGCAACGAUUCCGUCUGCGGCAGUGAUUCUGAGCUCCGCAGUUCAGCGCACAGCAGGGAAGGCGACUGCAACUGUAACAAGUACUCUCCAACAACCUGUAAUCAGCCUAACUCAGCCUACACAAGUUGGUGUUAGUAAACAAGGGCAGUCUACACCACUGGUUAUCCAGCAGCCUCAAAAAGCAGGGGCAUUGAUAAGGCCUCCACAGGUAACACUGACACAGACACCAAUGGUGGCGUUACGGCAGCCGCAUAGUCGUAUUAUGCUCACUACUCCUCAGAUUCAACUGAAUCAACUUCAGACAGUACCUGUGGUAAAACCAGCAGUAUUACCUGGAAACAAAGCUAUUGCCACUAUUUCAACACAAGUAGCUGCGGCUCAGAAGAAUAAACUGAAAGAACCUGGGGGAGGCUCUUUUAGGGAUGAUGAUGACAUUAAUGAUGUUGCAUCAAUGGCUGGAGUCAACCUGUCAGAGGAAAGUGCUCGGAUACUGGCAACAAACUCUGAACUAGUGGGUACAUUAACAAGGUCUUGUAAAGACGAAACCUUCCUUUUCCCAGCACCUUUACAAAGAAGGAUAUUAGAAAUAGGUAAAAAACAUGGAAUAACAGAAAUCCAUCCUGAUGUAGUUAGCUAUGUAUCACAUGCUACACAACAAAGACUACAAAACCUCGUGGAAAAAUUAUCAGAAACUGCUCAACAGAAGAAUAUUUCUUACAAGGACGAUGAAAGAUACGAACAAGCAAGCGACGUUCGGGCACAACUCAAGUUCUUUGAACAACUUGAUCACAUAGAAAAGCAGCGCAAGGAUGAACAAGAAAGGGAAAUUUUAAUGCGUGCGGCAAAGUCUCGAUCUCGACAAGAAGACCCAGAACAGCUUAGGUUGAAACAGAAGGCCAAGGAGAUGCAGCAACAAGAGCUAGCACAGAUGAGACAGAGGGAUGCCAACUUGACUGCGUUAGCUGCGAUCGGUCCCAGAAAGAAAAGGAAACUAGAUUCAUCGGGAUCUGGAUCAGGGACAGAGGGAUCUGGCUCAAGCGCAGCAGUCCCAGGCAGCUCUGGAGUCGGAACAACCAGUCAGUUUAAGCGACAAAGGAUAACGCGGGUGAACCUCAGGGACCUCAUAUUUUGUCUAGAAAAUGAGCGAGAGACAAGCCAUUCACUAUUGCUAUACAAAGCAUUCCUUAAGUAAAGUGGAAAAGAUCAAGGUAUUUUUGACGGAGAGACACCUGAGGACCUUUUUUUAUACCUUUGCAGAUUACGCCUUUUUUUGUAACGAGCAAAGCGGGAUCUUGUUUCCAACCAACACAACAAAACAGCCACCUCUUUACACGGAACAGUUUUAUAUUCCUGUUUAUACAGAAACUCUUCACUCUGAGAGGAAACACAUUUCUGUAACAGUGAGGAUACUUACAAGGCCUGUGGAUACUCUAAAAGGACAAUUAAAUUUUAACUCAUCUCUUGAUUGAGUGGCCUUCUUGCCAAACAAGCCAUAUAUAAAGACUGAUGGAAUCGUUUAGCAAAUAACUAGCUACCCUUUGUCAGCCCUGUAGCAGUUUCAACAUUAAUUGUGCAUUUUAGUUCAGUUUUAUUCAACUAAAUCAAUUAUAUAGGCAUAUGUCUACAGCAGAUGACCUCAUUUCAUUUAGCUUUUUUUUUUUAAGCAGUCAGUUUAGCAAAGCAAACUGAUUUUUUUUUCAUUAUUUUAAUGAUUUUUAUUUUAUUUUAUUUUUUUUAAAGAAUAUUUAUCUUCCCCCCCCCCCCCAAAUGUUCAAAAUCUAGAGGGAUAUACAGUUAAUUUUCAACAUAACCUCAAUUUUAAUCACAUUAUCGCUUAUUAGAGGCCCUGAAAUCCCGUAAAGGAGGGUUACUUCUGAAUGUUUUAGCAGCAUCUGUAAAAAUGCAUUUUAUUUGCUAUAGUUUGUAAAGCUGUAAAGUUAAACAAGGAAAAAAAAAAACAGGAAAAAAAAUGAGGAAAAAAAAAAAAGAGAAACCUUUUCAGCAUAAAUAUAUUUUACUUGCACUGUGUUUUUUAGCUAAAGUGAAAGCUUAGAUUAAAUAAAGUCAAAGUUGAGAGGAAUCAUCAAAAGACUGUUUCUCAGUGUGAAUCAAGUGUUGAAAAAUGGUUGGUGUAUUUUGUCAGUAAUUGUACAUAAUUUUUGGCACAUAACAUAAAAAAAAAUGGCUAUGUAAACUAUAAUUAUUUUGCUAAAAGACUGUAUGCAAGCUGUGGGCCUACUUUAAAGAUGUCCAGAGCAAAGUCCCUUCUUUGUACCUAUUUUUUUAUUACAAAUAUACUAAUUGGUUCUUUAUAUUUUCAGAGGUUAUUGUAUUAAAUUGUCUAUUGAUAGUACUUUUAUGACUGUAAAUACUUUGGCUUUCUUUGUGUGAACUCUCAUGGUAGAAUUUAACUCUCUUGCGUGUAAACUGAAUGCUGAUCAGUAUUUUUAUCAAUACCUGACAACUGUUACACCCCUUUUAUUUUUGUCUUUAGGAAAUCCUGUCUUUCCAUUUUUUUUUUUCCAUGUAAAUUUUGCACAGUUACUUGUUCAUAUGUAAAUAUUUUACUUUCAAAAAUGAAGUUUUUAAUUGCUAUUGUUUUAUAUAGGAUUGAAAGAAAAUUAACUCCUUUAUUAAAAACAAAUUUAUCUGUA